GUAAAUCCAAUCUCACCAAGGGUAUUUUAGGAACCAAAUUUCCACUCCUGGCAACCCCGGAAAUUUCCUAUUGAUUUUCGGUGUCAAGCUAGUGUGCGCAAUCCUUACCGUUGAUUCCCAAUCUCCAAACAUCCUCCCUCCUAUAAAUUUUCAAUUUCCCUCUCGCGCACAAAAAUUUCAUACGAUUUUUGAACCAUCUUUUCUUCUCCAUAACUAAAAUUCUCAUCUUCUCUUUUGUUUUUUGUUUUUUUUUCUUUGUUCUUCUUUCUUCUUCUUCUCUUUGAAGUGGUGAUGGAGAGAUUGCCGGCUGAGUCGCCGUCGUCGAGCACGGUGGGGUAUGUGAGCUGGGAGCAGGUAAAUGUUUCAACCGAUAGAGGAAGGAGAGAGGUUCAUUACUAUUUGAAGAGAAGAGAUGGGGUAUUGGAUCUGGCUGUGAUUGGGAAAGAGAAAAGCUUGAGGCACAUGUCCUAUCAUUUCGCUAUUAAGAACCGCUCCUAUUUCUUCUCUCCGACGUCGUUUUACAAACUCGAAUCUCGCAGGGAGGUCGUCUGUUGGCUUAAUUCUGUUGUUUCAGAUUCAUCUUCUCGUGAGCUGUCCUGCUCAGUUGAUGGCUUUUGUAAUGCCAAGGAUGUGAAAAUUUUGGAUUUUGAAGCCCUCAAGAAAUUUCAAUCACAGAAGCUGGGCCAACAUACAAAAGAAUUUUUAUGGUUAGGUUCUUCAUGGACAUGCAGGAAAAAAAGGAAACAUUAUCAGUCCUUCUGUAGGAAUAGUGUAAUAAUUUCUAUUCAUGACUUUGUUUAUGUAUUAACUGAGGAGGAAAAACGACUUGUUGCCUAUGUGGAAGAUAUGUACGAGGACUCUAGAGGCAACAAGAUGGUUGUGGUACAAUGGUUUCACAAAAAUGAUGAGGUUGGUAUUGUUUUGCCUCACAAUUAUAAUUGCAGAGAGAUAUUCUUUUCUCUUUGUUUUCAAGAUCUUAGUAUUGAAUGCAUAGAUGGAUUGGCUACUGUACUUAGUCCUGCGCAUUUCAAGAAAUUUUUGAACGAGGCAAAGCAUACUCGGCUGGAGCCAUUUGUAUGCUGCAAGCGGUUUGAUAAUGAUGAUGUCAAGCCUUUUGAUGUGACUCAAGUUAAGGGUUAUUGGAAACAAGUUAUACUUAGAUAUAUGUAUAGUCUUUCUCCCUCAGAUGAUUGUGUGAGUCGUCAGCAAUGUGCUAAUGACGAUAGUACAGAUUGGAAUGUUGAUGAUGGUGUUGGGAUCAGGCCUAGAAAGAAAUAUUGUCAAUCAAAAGAUGAUGAUAUGUACAUGCAUUACAGUGGCAGUAGAGACUCAAUGGAUGCAUCAUGUGCAGAUGUGCAGGAUUUUCGGAACAGCAAAGAUGGGACUAAAUCAUUCAGUUUCAGUGGAGGUAGUUCUGCUUUCCUGUCCACUGAUGAGGCUAAGCAAUACUCUUCUCGGGAUUUACAAAUAGGUUCUCAGGUUGAAGUACUAGCUCAAGAUAGUGGUUUGAGAGGGUGUUGGUUUAGAGCUCGGAUAAUUAAGAAGCACAAAGAUAAGGUGAAGGUGCAAUACCAAGACGUUCAGGAUGCUGCUGAUGAAGCUAAGAAAUUAGAGGAAUGGAUUUUGGCAUCUAGGGUUGCUGUUCCUGAUCAAGUGGGUAUCAGACUUUGUGGAAGGACGACUAUUCGACCAUCUCCACAAUACCCUGAAGGCAGUGCUUCAUGUAUUGGUGUUGGUUCUGUUGUUGAUGUCUGGUGGCAUGAUGGGUGGUGGGAAGGCAUCGUUGUUAAGAAGGAUUCUGAAGAUAAAUUCCAUGUUUAUUUCCCAGGAGAAAAGCAGGAAUCAGUCUUUGACAGAGGUGAUGUAAGACAUUCUCAGGAAUGCCUUGGAAACCGGUGGAUAAAUAUAAAGGAGAGGCAUGAUCUUGUGAGUUCCAUACUCUGGGGCAGAAAACAAGACGCAGGCAAAUCCAGUGAUUGCAAUUUGGUCAAAACCGCCAUUUGGGACGGUGGACAGUGUGGUGACGAUGCCACUGUUUGUAAUGAUUCAGCCGUUGUACGAGGAAAUGACAGCGCAAAAGAUGUGAGUCUUGUUUCAGAUCUUUCAAAGGAUGAUUCACUUUCUCAGUUGAAGUGGAAGUCCUCUAGGAAGAGAACACGUGGGACUGCGACCUGUGUACAGAAGCUGAAAUGCAAUCGAAAUCUCAUCAAAAGCAUUGCAGGCUCUGUUACUUGUGAAAGAUUUUUUAUCCCUGCAUCCUUAAAAGUUGAGAAUGAUAGCUGCAAGUACAUGGGUGAUCCAUUAUUCAAUUCUUCUGUAGCGCCGCGUCUAGCAAGCUUGGUUACGACUAGGUGAUUGACUUUUCUCAUUGGAGAUGUGGAGGUGUUGCUGUCUAUUUUUCAAUUGGAUUUUGCUUUUCCUUGAUAUAGUGCACCUACUGGAUGCAAUGUUUUAUUGGAAAUGUUCCAUGGCAUCCAUCUCCUACUGCGUGUACUUGUAUAUAACUUCAGCCUAUGGGGCUCUAACUUAUAGUCUUGCAAAUUUGAGGCCACAAUUUUGGAUGCAGUACGAGAACCUCUAAAAUCUCUUAACUUAGGCUUGAUUUAUUUAGGAUGGUUUAAUGUAAUCUGUAUCUCAGUUGUUUGGAAAUAAAAUUUUCCAUUUUUAUUUGUUU